CACCGCACCCAUCAGAGGAGGAGAGGAGAGGGCUGGGUGGAAUCUGGACCCUUCUCUGUAGCUAGUCUUUGUUACCAAAGAGACCGCUCCGCCUGGUUUGAUAGACAGAGCUGCUCCCCGGUUUCUCGAAAGAGUAUCAAAAGACUUCUUUGCAUUUUGGGCAGACAUGGGCUGGGGAGUAGGUGGGUUGCUUUUGGGUUUGGAAAUUCGUUGCUGAGUUAGCUGUCUGGCUGUUCUUAUUUCUAAAACGCUAUGGCUAAGCAGUAUGAUGUGCUCUUCCGACUCCUGCUUCUCGGAGAUUCGGGGGUUGGAAAAACAUGUUUAUUAUGCAGAUUCACGGACAACGAAUUUCACCCGUCUCACAUCUCCACAAUCGGAGUCGAUUUCAAAAUGAAGACGCUAGAGAUAGAUGGCAUCAAAGUGCGGAUACAGAUAUGGGACACAGCAGGACAGGAGAGAUAUCAGACCAUCACUAAGCAGUACUACAGACGAGCACAGGGUAUCUUCCUGGUUUACGACAUCACGAGUGAGCGAUCCUUCCAGCACAUCAUGAAGUGGGCCAGCGAUGUGGACGAGUAUGCUCCUAAUAACAUCCAGAAGAUCCUCAUAGGGAACAAGUCAGACGGGGAGGAGAAGAGGCUGGUAGCUACAGAACAGGGAAACAAGCUGGCCAAGGACUAUGGGAUGGACUUCUUUGAGACGAGUGCCUUCACCAACUAUAACAUCACAGAGUCCUUCACACGAUUGGCUGAGCAGGUCUUGGCAGCCAAUAAGAAGGACCUGGACCUCCUAAGGGCGUCGGUCACAGACGAGCUCAACCUCGCCGCCCUGGAGGAGGAGGAGGGCAUCACAAACAGGGCCGCCGCCUCACAGAAGGGCUGCUGGUGUUAAGGACUGGGCCUGGUCAAAAGUAGUGCACUAUGUAGGGAAUAGGGUGAGAAAAGUAGUGCACUAUGUAGGGAAUAGGGUGA